AUGACUACCAGAUAUCGCGUUGAAUUUCUAACCUACUGUGUAGAUGCUCUCAAGUCGCACCGCCGCGAUCAGUUAGGCCUCCUGGCGGUCCCGUUCGUGCUGCACUCGCAGCCCACCGCCGUCUACCAGGAACACAGCGAGAACCUGGUCGCCGUCGCGGCCGACACGCACCAGCGCUACGCCGAGAUCUUCCGUGACGUCGAGAAGCUCAUUGCCGAUCAUAUCCACCAUGAGCGCACCAGCGCCCCUGGCAAAUCCAAACUCAAGCUGCUCGUCCCCACCGUGGGCUCGUUCUUCAGCCCGCUCCCGCUCGAGGACGCCUUCAACUACCAGGACCGCAAGCGCUAUAUCAGCCGCCGCCGCUUCGUCGCCCCCUCCUUCAACGAUAUCCGCCUCACGCUCAACACAGCGCAGCUGCUGGGCCUCGUGCGGGGGUCCGGGUCAUCCCCGGACUCCCCAUCAUCAUCAUCCGGCUGCGGCAUCGACCUCGUCACCUUCGACGGCGACGUCACCCUUUACGACGACGGCGCCUGCCUCACGCCCGACAACCCGGCCAUCCCGCGUCUGCUCCGCCUGCUGCACCGCGGCGUGCGCAUCGGCAUCGUCACCGCCGCCGGCUACACCGAGGCCGCCAAGUACUACGAGCGGCUGGGCGGCCUGCUCGACGCCGUCCACGCCAGCACCAGCCUCACCCCAACCCAGAAAUCCAACCUCAUCAUCAUGGGCGGCGAAAGCAACUACCUCUUCCGCUUCGACGCCGACGCCCCGCACCGCCUCGCCCCCGUCCCCCGCGACCACUGGCUCCUCGACGAAAUGAAGGCCUGGAACCAGUCCGACAUCGCCGCCCUCCUCGACAUCGCCGAGUCGUCCCUGCGCGCCUGCGCCGCAAACCUCAACCUCCCCGUCGCCGUCCUCCGCAAGGACCGCGCCGUCGGCGUCUACCCGCUCGACCGCGCAAAGCUCCACCGCGAACAGCUUGAGGAGACCGUCCUCGUCGUGCAGAAUACCGUCGAGCGCUCCGCGGUGGGCGAGCGACUCCCUUUUUGUGCUUUUAACGGCGGCAACGACGUCUUCGUCGACAUCGGCGACAAGUCGUGGGGUGUGCGCGCGUGCCAGCAAUACUUCGGGGGCAUCGAGCCGAGCCGCACGCUCCACGUCGGCGACCAGUUUCUGUCCGCCGGCGCGAAUGAUUUCAAGGCGCGCCUGGCGUCAACGACGGCGUGGAUUGCCGGACCGGCGGAGACGGUGCAGCUGCUGGAUGAAUUGGAGGAGUUGGAAGGGAGGUGA